AUGGCGGAGGAAGCGGCUGUGGCCGUGUGCGUGCGGGUGCGGCCGCUCAACAGCAGAGAAGAAGAACUUGAUGAAGCUACUCAAGUUUAUUGGAAAACUGACAAUAAUGCAAUUUAUCAAGUGGAUGGGAGUAAAUCUUUCAAUUUUGAUCGUGUCUUUCACAGUAAUGAAACCACUAAACAUGUGUAUGAGGAAAUAGCAGUACCAAUCAUCGACUCUGCCAUACAAGGCUACAAUGGUACUAUAUUUGCCUAUGGGCAGACCGCCUCAGGAAAAACACACACUAUGAUGGGGUCGGAAGAUUGUUUAGGAGUUAUACCCAGAGCAAUCCAUGACAUCUUCGAAAAAAUUAAGAAGUUUCCUGAUAGGGAAUUUCUUCUACGUGUGUCUUAUAUGGAGAUAUACAAUGAAACCAUCACAGACUUACUUUGUAAUACUCAAAAAAUGAAACCUUUAAUAAUUCGGGAGGACAUCAAUAGGAAUGUAUAUGUUUCUGAUCUUACUGAAGAAGUUAUUUAUACAGCAGAGAUGGCUUUGAAGUGGAUCACAAAGGGAGAAAAAAACAGACAUUAUGGAAUUACCAAAAUGAAUCAAAGAAGCAGUCGUUCUCAUACCAUUUUUAGAAUGAUUUUGGAAAGCAGAGAGAAAGGCGAACCAUCCAGUUGUGAAGGAUCUAUCAAAGUUUCCCAUUUGAAUUUGGUUGACCUUGCAGGCAGUGAGAGAGCUGCUCAAACAGGAGCUGAAGGUGUACGACUCAAGGAAGGCUGCAACAUAAAUCGAAGCUUAUUUAUUUUGGGGCAAGUGAUUAAGAAACUUAGUGAUGGGCAAGCUGGUGGUUUCAUAAAUUAUCGAGAUAGCAAAUUAACACGAAUUCUCCAGAAUUCUUUGGGAGGAAAUGCAAAAACACGUAUUAUCUGCACAAUUACUCCAGCAUCUUUUGAUGAAACACUUACAACUCUGCAGUUUGCCAGCACUGCUAAAUAUAUGAAGAAUACUCCUUAUGUUAAUGAAGUAUCAAGUGAUGAAGCUCUCCUAAAAAGAUACAGAAAAGAAAUAGUGGACCUUAGGAGACAAUUAGAGGAGGUAAAUAUAAAGACUCGAGCCCAGGAAAUGGAAAAAGACCAGUUGGCCCAGCUUUUGGAUGAAAAAGAUCUGCUUCAAAAAGUACAGGAUGAAAAAAUUCAAAACUUAACACGGAUGCUAGUGACCUCUUCUUCCCUUACAUCACAGCAGGAAUUAAAGGCUAAGAGAAAGAGAAGAGUUACUUGGUGCUUUGGCAAAAUGAGCAAAAUGAAGGACUCAAACUAUAUAAAUGAAUUCCAUUUGCCCAAGAAUGUAACAACAAAAAUGAAGACUCCUAUGAGUAUGAGUAUAAUAGGAGAAAUUGAUGAAUCUCUCUGCUUAGAAUCUGAUACCUUCAGCAGCACACUUGAUACACUUAGUGAGGUGGAGUGGAACUCAGCAACAAAGAUACUAAAUGAGGAAAACUUUGAAAGUGAAUUGAAUUCACUCCGUGCUAAGUUUGACAAUCUGGUAUUGGAUUAUGAACAAUUAAGAAGAGAAAAUGAAGAAAUGACGUUGAAAUUAAAGGAGAAGAAUGAUUUAGAUGAAUUUGAGGCUCUAGAAAGAAGAACUGAAAAAGAUCAAGAGAAUGAACUGAGCUCAAAAGUAAAGCUGCUGAAAGAAAAGGAAGACCAGAUUAAGAAGCUACAGAAAUGCAUAGACUCUCAGAAGGCAGAAAGUAUAAAAAUGGAUUCAUCAUAUUCAUUGGAGAAUAUUGAAGACUUGAAACAAAUGAAACAGACUCUGUUUGAUACUGAAACUGUAGCCCUUGAUGCCAAGAGAGAAUCAGCAUUUCUCAGAAGUGAAAAUCUGGAGCUAAAAGAGAAAAUGGAACAACUUGCAAGUACAUGCAAGCAAAUGGAAAAUGAUGUUCAGUUAUGUCAAAGCCAAUUGGAAGCAAAAAAGAAAAUUCAAUUUGACCUGGAGAAAGAAUUACAAUCAGCGUUUAAUGAAAUAUCAAAACUGACAUCUCUUAUUGAUGGCAAAGUUCCAAAAGAUUUGCUUUGUAAUUUGGAAUUGGAAAAAAGAAUUACUGAUCUCCAGAGAGAACUGAGAAAAGAAGUUGAAGAAAAUGAAGCCUUACGAAAAGAAGUUCAUUUGCUCUCAGAAAGCAAAUCUUCAAUCCCUGAAAUAGAAAUGCUAAGAAAAGAGUUAAAUGAGAAAUCUGAAGAGAUGUGCAUAAUAGCAUCAGAAAAGGACAAAUUAUUAUCUGAAACAGUUCAUAAAGAGAAUAGAAUUCAAGAUUUACUUGAAGAAAUUGGAAAAACUAAAGAUGACCUAGGAACUAUUCAGUUGAAUUAUGAAAGCACUGAUAAAGAAUUACAAGAGUUCAAGAACCUUCACCUGGAAUUUCAGCAAAAGUAUGAUAAGGUCUUAGAAGAAAAUAAGAGAUUGAAUCAAGAAAUUGAAAAUCUCUCUGAAGAAGCACAAAAAUUUGGUUCAAGUUUAGAAGUUUUGCAGUCUGAGCUGUCUCACAAGAGUGAAGAGCUUAACCAGAAAACAACUGAGGGGCGAGAAAUAUUAAAUGAAAUGGAACAGCUGAAGGAACAGUUAGAAACCGGAGAUUUGAAGCUGCAGACUGCAGAAAGGGAGAAAACUCUGAUGGCCGAGAAGCUUCAGCAGAGCUUGGAGGAGAUGAGAACAUUAAGCCAAGAAAACGAUGAGCUAAAGCAACUCCAAGAGAGCCUUCAAACGGAGAGGGACCAACUCAAAAUUGACAUCCAGGAUAUGGUGAACAUGAACAUAGAUACGCAGGAACAGCUGCGGAAUGCCCUUGAGUCAUUGAAACAACACCAAGAAACAAUUAACACACUAAAAAUGAAAGUUUCUGGGGAAGCAGACAGGAAUUUGCAGUUGGAGAACAUGGUAGAGACAGAAGAUGAAUUACAGAAAAAGAUGGCUGCCAUAGAUAAACAGAAUUUGCAAGACCAAAAAUCUGAAACAUUGAUUGCAGAUUUAAUACAGGAGAAAAAUGAACUCCAACAAAUGUUAGAGAGUAUUGCAGCAGAAAAGGAACAGUUGAAGUCAGACCUGAAAGAAAAUAUUGAAAUGACUAUUGAAAACCAGGAGGAGUUAAGAAUCCUUGCAGAUGAACUGAAAAAGCAACAAGAGAUUGUUGCGGAAGAAAAGAACCAUACCUUAAAGAAGGAAGAAGAGCUUUCUAGGGCCUGUGUGAGACUGGCAGAAGUCGAAGAAAAAUUAAAGGAAAAGAGUGACCAGCUCCAAGAAAAACAGCAACAACUUCUUAGUGUGCAAGAAGAGAUGAGUGAGAUGCAGAAAAAGAUGAGUGAAAUGGAGAAUUUAAAGAAAGAACUCCAGAAUCGAGAAUUAAGUUUGGAACAUACGGAAACCGAGGGGCCUGUGUUGGCUCAGAAACAGCAAGAAAAUUAUGAAGAUAAGAGCUCUAUGACUAACGAAAGAGAUGACCAAAAGGAAUUACAGGAGACAUUUAAAGUAGAAAGAGACCAGCUGAAAGAGUAUAUUAAAAAAAUUGAAGCUGCAGACCUACAAGCAAAAGAGGAACUAAAAAUCGCUCACAUGCAUAUAAAAGAACAGCAAGAAACCAUUGAUGAACUAAGAAGAAACAUUUCUGAGAAGACUGCUCAAAUAAAAAAUACUCAGGAGGAGUUGGAGAGAUCCAGCGCCAAAUUACAAGAAAAGAUCUCAGGGAUUCAUGUGGAACAGGAGCCACUCGCUGAUGUGAACGAAGUCAGUGUGACUGAGGAAACAGCGCAUGAGCUGCAGGUACGCAAAGAACAAUUCAAAAGCAAGGAGUCAGCAACACCAGCAGACAUAGAAAUGGAAAGGCUGACUGAGAAACUUCAAGAAAGUCAGGAGGAGAUACUGUCUCUAACCAAGGAAAGAGAUAACCUUAAGGUGAUAAAAGAAGCACUUCAGCUUGAAUGUGACCAACUGAAAGAAGCCAUGCAAGAAACUUUAGCUAAGCUUCAAGAGACUCAAGACAAGCAAGAAAUAUCCUUCACUAUGAAAGAUGAUGAGACUAGUAAAAUCAUGAAUGAGAUGGAAAAAUUGAAGGAAGAAUUCAAAAUCAAAGAUUCAGCACUAGAAAGAAUAGAAAUGGAAAAACUGGAGUUGUCUGAGAAACUUAAAGAAAGUGAAGAUGAAGUGAAGUGUGUGGCCAAGGAGAGAGAUGACCUGCAGAGGCUGCAAGAAACUCUUCAGUCAGAAAGGGAUCAACUUAGAGAAAAUGCACAGGAGAUCAGGGCUAAGCACCUAGAAACAGAAGAGGAACUUAAAGCUGUUCAUUGUUGCCUGAAAAUAAAGGAGGAAACUAUAGAUAAGCUGAGAGUGAAUCUUUCAGAAAAAGAAACUGAAAUCUCACGCAUACAAAAAGAAUUAGAAACAACCAGUGUUGAAUUACAGAAAAAGAUCCAGGAGUUUCGUGAGAAAUCAGAACAGCUUAUUAGUAUAGAAGAAAUUAGUGAAACUCUAGGAAAAAUAAAGGAAUUGGAACAAUUCAAGGAACUUCUCAAAGCCAAAGAAUCAGAGCUGCAAAAUACAGAAAGUGAGAAGGUCAAGUUGACUGAGAAACUUCAAGAAAGUCAGGAAGAAGUAAGAAUUGUAAUUAAUGAAAGAGAUGAAUUGAAAAGGGUGCAGGAGGCCCUUGAAAUAGAAAGAGACCAGCUAAAAAAUAAGAUUAAAGAAAUUUCAAAUAAAAUCCAGGAACUUGAAGAAAAAGAACAGGGAUAUAUUCAGGUGAAAGAUGUCGGUGACUCUCAAGAAAACAUGUGUGACACAGAGCACUUGAAAGAGCAACUUGAGACCCAGAAAUCAGUUCUGGCAAACGUAGAAAUGGAGAACAUACAGCUGAAUCAGAGACUCCAGGAAAACCUUGAAGAAAUGAGAUCUGUAUCAAAAGAAAGAGAUGACCUUAGGGCAGUGAGUGAGACUCUCAGAACCGAAAGAGACCAACUCAAGGAAAACCUAAGGGAAAGUGUAACUAAAGACCUGGAAAAACAAGAGGAACUAAAAAUGGCACACAUGCACCUGAAAGAACACCAAGGAAUUGUUGAACAGCUAAGAGGGAUUAUUUCAGAGAAGAAAGAUGAAAUAGCAAAUUUGCAAAUGGACUUUGAAAACUCAAAUGCUACCUUAAAAGCUAAGGAUCUGAGAAAACAAGAGGAACUAAGGAUUGUUCAUAUGGAUCUGAAAGACCACCAGGAAACUGUUGAUAAACUCCAAGAGAUUAUUUCUGAGAAGACAAGUGAAAUACUAACUAUGCAAAGAGAUUUAGGAAAGUCAAAUGCUAAAUUACGCGAAAAGGAUCAAGAACUUAAAGCAAACGACCAUCAGCUGUGUAAAUUAAAAGAUGGUAUCAGUGAACUGCAAAAACAACUGAAGGAGCAAGGCUUAACUCUCAAUAAAAUUGAAAUGGAGAAUUUAAGUUUGGCCCAGAAACUUCAUGAAAACCUUGAGGAAAUGAAAUCUGUAAUGAAAGAACGAGAUAAUUUGAAGAGAGUAGAGGAGAGUCUCAGGUUGGAGAGAGACCAACUCAAGGAAAAUCUACAGGAAACCAUAGCUAGAGACCACACAGACCCAGUAAGACAUGGGAAACUGCUAAUGGGUGAUGAAGAAGAACACUUGACAGAAAACCUGAGAGAAAAAUGCAUUAGGAUAAAAGAGCUUCUAAAAAGAUACUCGGAGAUGGAGAAUCAUUAUGAGUGCUUGAAUAAAAUGUCCUUGGAUUUGGAGAAGGAAAUUGGAACCCAAAAAGAGCUUUCAAUUAGAAUAAAAGCAAACUUGGCACUUUCGUAUCCACAAGCGAGAGAGAUUCAAAAACUUCUUACUGCAAACCAAAGAUGUUCCAUGGAAUUCCACAGAAUCAUGAAGAAAUUUAAGUAUGUGUUAAGCCAUGUUACAAAAAUAAAGGAAGAACAACAUGAAUCCAUCAAUAGAUUUGAAAUGGCUUUUAUCGAUGAAGUGGAAAAGCAAAAUGAAUUGCUAAUUAAAAUACAGCACCUUCAACAAGAUUAUGAUGUCCCAUCUAAAGAAGUAAGGGUCCUCAGACUGAAGCAGAAUCUGGAUCAACAUAUUGAGGAAAUUCUCAAAGAUUUCUCAGAAGGUGGCUUCCAAAGCGUAAAGGCGGAAUUCCAACAAAUGCUAACUAACAGGAAGGAGAUGACUCAGUUUUUAGAAGAGUGGUUGAAUACUCACUUUGAUGAAAAAAAACUUACAGAUGGCAUCCAGAAAGAAAAUGAUAGCAUUUGUCAAGUAAAUAACUUCUAUAAUAACAAAAUAAUUGCUGUAAUAAAUGAGUCAACAGAGUUUGAAGAAAGAAGUGCUGCUGUAUCGAAAGGGUGGGAACACGACCUGAAAUCAAUGAAAGAGCAAAAUAAAAAGCUGUUUAAAGACUAUGAGACCUUGAGGAUGUCCAUGGUACCUGGUGCACAUGUUCCUGCUAUGCCAGACAUUAAGAAUUCUCAUGUUACUUCAAGAGCUACACAACUAAGCACAGAGAGAAUUAAAGAGCUGGAAACUAAACUACAUGAAGCUAAAGAAAGUGCUAUAUAUAAAGAAGGCAAAAUUGUAAAGAUGCAGAAAGAACUUGACAUGGCUAAUGACAUAAUAGCAAAACUUCAAGCCAAAGUUAAUGAGUCAGAUAAAUGCCUUGAAGAAACAAAAGGAAUGGUUCAAGUACUUCAGGAUAAAAUUGCUUUAGGAGCUAAGCCCUAUAAAGAAGAAAUUGAAGAUCUCAAAACAAAGCUGGUGAAAAUUGAUCUAGAGAAUGUGAAAAAUGCCAAGUUAUUUGAAAAACAAGUUAAGUCUUCAAAAGCCACUGUAGAAUAUCAAAAAGAAGUUAUAAGAGCAUUGAGAGAAAAUCUUAGAAGAAAUCAGCAGGAGCAGGAUACUUCAAUGAUAUCAGAACAUGUUGAUCCCCAGCCUUCAAGAAAACCUUUAACCUGUGGCGGUGGCAGUGGCAUUGUACAAAGCACAAAAGCACUUAUUUUGAAAAGUGAAUAUAUAAGACUAGAAAAUGAAAUUUCUAAGUUAAAGCAGCAAAAUGAGCAUCUUAUAAAGCAAAAGAAUGAAUUAUUAAGCAACAAUCAUCAUCUGUCCAAUGAAGUCAAAAUUUGGAAGGAAAGAACUCUUAAGAAAGAGGUUUAUAAAGAAGUGACUUGUGAAAAUUCUCCAAAGUCUCCUAAAGUGAUUAGAACAGAUUCUAAAAGGAGGCCAAAUAUCCCUUCCCAAUGCAAGGAAUGGAACUUACAAGAUCCUGUGCCAAAGGAAUCACCAAAAUCUUGGUUUUUUGAUAACCGACCAAAGUCUUUACCUUCACCUCAUCCAGCUCGCUAUUUUGAUAACUCGGGUUUAGGCCUUUGCCCAGAGGAACAAACUGUGGAAGCAGAGAAUGUGGAUCCUCAGCCGGCUCCUUGGCACGCCUCCUCAGAGAAAGACGGGCCCGAGUGCAGAACUCAGUAGUAGAACCCUCUGUGGUCUCGGCGUUUCUUGUGAGGAACUUGAAAAAUUAUAUCACAGUCUAACUUAACCUCAAUUUAGUUUUCACUUUGCCACUAGAGUUUGAAGAUGAAGGAACACAAAAUCAGUGCUUUCCAAUAACUAGAGUGGUUAUUGCAAUACCUUCUCACUCAUCAAGAUGUUUGCAUGUGAGACAUUGAAAUAUUUUAUUUAUUUAUAUAUUUUUAAAUAAAGUU